AGCAGCUGUUGCAGUAUUCUGUUUCGGAAAAGUGAAAGUAUAUCUGCAACAGUUGGCGUUGAUUGCAGAGAGUGCGCUUGUGAGAACCGAUGGCGGUUGCUCCUAGGAAACCUUUGCAAAGCAGGCAAGUGGGAUCUCUUCUCAUUUUUCUGUGCAUAUCUGUGGGGGGUGCGACAACCAUCCGCUAUUCGGUGGCGGAGGAGAUGGAGAGCGGCUCCUUCGUGGCCAACGUGGCUAAGGACCUAGGGCUGGAGGUAGGGAAGCUGGCUGCGCGCGGCGCUCGGCUCGUUUCCGAGGGCAACAAACUGCAUUUCCGCCUCCACCGCAAGACAGGGGAUUUGUUCGUGAAAGAGAAACUGGAUCGGGAGUCACUCUGUGGCAAAGCCGACCCGUGUGUUCUGCACUUUGAAAUAGUCCUGGUGGAGCCGCUGCAGUCCUUCCGUGUCGAGGUCAGGGUAUUUGAUAUCAAUGACAAUGCCCCAAUUUUCCUAAACAAGGAGCCGCUUUUAAAGAUCCCGGAGAGCACCCCCUUGGGUUCACGUUUUCCUCUUCAGAGCGCCCAGGAUCUGGACGUGGGCCUCAAUGGUCUCCAAAACUACACCCUGAGCGCCAACGCGUAUUUCCACCUGCACACCCGCUUCCGCAGCCACGGACCUAAAUAUGCCGAGCUGGUGCUGGAUAAGCCCCUGGAUAGAGAGGAGCAGCAUCAAGUCAACUUGACGAUUACAGCUGUGGACGGUGGGUCCCCGCCCAAGUCUGGCACCGCCCACAUUCGGGUGGUGGUUCUGGACGUCAACGAUCACGUGCCCCAGUUCUCGCGACUGAUGUACCGCACUCAGGUACCAGAGAAUAGCGCCAAUGGUUCUUUGGUGGCCACGGUGACAGCUGUGGACCUAGAUGACGGCACCAACAAGGAUAUCACUUACUCUUUAGCUCAAAACCCAGAAGCAAUUCUCCAGACGUUUCAGAUUGACUCUCAAAGUGGAGAGGUUCGACUAAGAGGGCUCCUAGAUUUUGAAGCUAUUGAAACAUACGACAUUGACAUUCAAGCUACCGAUGGAGGAGGCCUCUCCGCCCACAGCAAAGUCCUGGUAGAAGUGGUGGAUGUGAACGACAAUCCUCCUGAAGUGAUGGUCUCGUCUGUGUCCAGCCCUCUCCCUGAGGACUCGCCACUACAGACUGUCGUGGCCCUUUUCACUAUCCGAGACCGGGACAUUCGAGUGGGAGGAAAAAUUACCUGUUUCCUCAAAGGAGACCUUCCCUUUGUAGUCAAACCUACAUUCCGGAAUUCCUACUCGCUGGUCACUGACAGAGGCUUGGAUCGGGAGGCGGUCUCAGGCUAUAAUAUCACCCUCGUGGCCAUGGAUGCUGGACCACCCAGCCUGUCCACGGAGACUGUGAUAGAGGUGCUAAUAUCUGACAUUAAUGACAAUCCUCCAGUAUUUCAGGAAGAUUCCUACAUCUUGACUGUUCGAGAAAACAACAGCCCUGCGGUUUUUAUUGGCAAAGUCCAUGCUGAGGAUCUAGAUUUGGGUGAGAAUGCCCAAAUGACAUAUUCCCUGCUGCCUCCAAAAAGUGGAGAUCUAUCAGUCUUUGCUUACAUCUCCAUAAAUUCAGACAAUGGGAAGCUCUAUGCAUUGAGAACCAUGGAUUAUGAGGCCAUUCAAGAUUUUCAAUUUGUGGUAAAGGCAACAGAUGGGGGUUUCCCAUCACUGAGUAGCCAAGUUACUGUCAAAGUUGUUGUUUUGGAUGACAAUGACAACCGUCCAAUGAUCUUGUACCCACUGCAGAAUGGCACCUUGCCCUGCAAUGACCUGGUGCCCAGGUCUGCGGAGGCAGGCUACCUGGUGACCAAAGUAGUGGCUGUGGAUGGUGACUCAGGUCAGAAUUCUUGGCUUUCCUACCAUCUAUUUAAGGCCACUGACCUUGGCUUAUUUUCUGUUCAACAACAAAAUGGAGAAAUUCAUACAUUACGGCAGAUUUCUGAGAGAGACCCCAUGAUGCAGAAAUUGAUCAUUCUUGUUCAGGAUCAUGGCCAACCAGCUCUCUCCACUACUGCUUCACUCAACAUCCUGCUGGUAGAUGGCUUUUCAGAGCCCUACCUGCAGUUCCAGGAUCCAUCCAAGCAUUCUAGAAAGGUAAAUCCAUCCACUAAAUAUUUGGUCAUUUCUCUGGCUGUGCUUUCCUUCCUCUUUCUCCUCUCUGUCACAGUGAUCUUUGUUAUACACAUCUACCAAAAGAUUAAAUAUAGAGAAAAGUUCACAAUUCAAGAGCAUUUCUAUGAUGACUGUAAUUUCCCUAACAACCUGGUAAACGGAGGAGGCAAUGGAUCCUUAUCCCGGCCUUUUCCACAUGAAAUGUGUUCAGCCACCGGCACUGGCAAUAGUGAGUUCCGGUUUCUUAAGCGCUUUAUGCCCAACUUCCCUUUCCCUCAUGCCACUGGAGAGAUAAAAACAGAGACUGGCUCCAGUUUACCUCCAGAUUCUAAUAGAAAUAAGUCUCGGAGAUCAGAGGGACAUGCCCAGGUAUCUGAUGACUAUAUGUAGCUCAUGUUUAUAGCCCUCAGUGAGAGAAUA